UCCCCUCAUCCCACCUAAUCCCGGCUAAUACCUUUCUUUCUAUUGGCUAAUGGCUGAGGGGAGCCUGGGUAAAUGCUUCUUAAAUAGUCGUGGGUGAGAAUGGGCUGGGAGAUUUAUCCAUGGGACGACAAAGGGCGCUGGUCUUCCAGGAUAACGAGCCCCAGAGCUGGACGCGGAAAUACUGGACUAAACCGGAGCGUCUGGACGUGUCCUGUGCGUAAAAGCGCACCUGGAUCGCUCGCUCCUGCUCGGGAUUUGGCGCACAGAUUCAGCAUGAACUCCUUGAACUUCUGCGCGGCGGCCAGCGGAGCUGCGUUUCCCCACCACGGCGUGGGUUCGGUGCUGUUCGACCUGCGCCACCAGAUGGCGGAGCAGUACCACGUUUACUCCGCCGCCGGACCCACUGUGCACAGCCUCUCUGUGGCGGAAAGACUGGCGGAGCUGAUCCUGGAGGCCCGCUACGGGAACCAGCAGAAGCAGCGCCGCAGCCGCACGGCGUUCACGGUGGCCCAGCUGCAGGCUCUGGAGGAGGCCUUCCAGCAGACCCAGUACCCAGACGUUGGCAUGAGAGAGAGGCUGGCCGUGUGCAUCAACCUGCCCGAGGCUCGCAUUCAGGUGUGGUUCAAGAACAGGAGGGCAAAGUUUCGCAAAGGUCAAAGGUGCUCCCCGAUCUCCAGAGACCACAGCGGUGAGGAGGCCCCGCGCCGCAGCGCUGUGGGACGGGAGGAAGUCGGGUCGGCAGUCCAACAGGACGCCAUCAAAUCCCACGCUGACAGAAACAUCCCUCCUGUUCCUGCCGCGGACAAAAGUGGGGAUGUUUGUCCCCCGCUCACCCCUGGAGACUCGGAUGGGUCGCGGUGCCCCCUUCGUUUGCACUCCCCUCCGCUUUUCUCCUUUGCGGCAGGGGAGCUCUACGGCCACCCGCCCCACCGGCCGGUCAGAGGGCCGCUGUCCACAGAGCUCGCCCUGCCCCCCGUUUUCUGGCCCGUCCUACGUCAGCACAGUUCCAGCCCGGGGGCGCUCGCUAAAAACUGUAGCCUCUCCCCUCAGACUGCUUGUUCCAUUAAAUCCAUGCCUCACCCUCACUGUAACCGAUGUGGACUGAACCUAGAACCCACCUCUCCACUUGAAGUGGGCCCGGCUGGAGGGCCUGUGUGGGGAGAAAGGGGCCAAGAAGGGAGAGAAGCAUCCACUGCCCUGCGACUGUCUACCUGCUGUGCACAGAAUGCUAUCGGAUGAGUUACACUGGAGGCCUGUCUGGCUGGGGAUGUAAAACUGCACUGUCAAAUACUUCCAGAGAGGUUUAUAGUAGACAAAGUCGAACUUGGGUUUGAUUUGAUUAACAUCUAGCGGUUUGGUUUUAGUUUUUGAUAGAAUGACUCGCCCAAAAGUGGUAAUUGUUUGCUCCAUCACAUUUUCAGACAACAAUCAUGUUUAUCAUUACUGUUGUAUCCCUAAAUCAGCUGGCUAAUAUGAAAAGCUCUUUAAUGUAUUAACGCAGUGCAACACAGCACAAAAUAAAACUAGAUGUACUUGAA